AUGGAUACUCCAUAUCUAAAAUCUUAUUAUCGACGAGGUUCUACAUUUCUAACUUCUGAACAAAUAGAUACAAUUAGAACACUCAAGGGAAAGGUUCCAAAAUAUAGAAUAAUAAAAGAUUUCCAUAUUAAUGAGAAUCGGGUUAAUGACAUAUGGGAAAGUCAUGAACGCCAGCAACAAAUAAUACAAAAUACCAUUUCUACUGAAAUAUUUCUUGAUCAUUCUAAUCAGAUUAAAAGCGAGGUUUUAUUGCAAAGCAAUGGUUCUUCGAACCUACAUCUGGAAUCUACUACCCCUCUCGAUACAGAAACAAAAAAGAGAAGAUCCAAAUCUCGGACUAAAUCUGUAUUAUGUAAUAAGCUCCUCCGCUCUCACAUAUCCGAUUCAACACCUACUAAUAACCCUAUAGAAAAAAUAAGUAGUGAGGGGAAUCGGAGAUUCGAUGCUUUGCAUGAUCUGGACGCAUUAUAUGAAAAAGAAGCCAGAAGAGAUGAGAAAAAUAAAGCAAAUAUAACUCGCCUAUUAGCUACUACUUAG